GAUGGUUUCAGGGUAGUCUGCUGGAAUGUCUUUAAAUCACAGAGGGUGGUAGGCUCUUCCACCUGCAGCUGUCCAGGAGCCCAGCUCAGGACAUGUGCUCAGAGCCCGGGGAGCUCCGGAGGAGGCCAGUCUAGAAGGCCAGCACUGAUCUCAAUCAGGCCAAAGUGUCUUCUCCCUGGGCAGGAUGAGGCUGUCAGUCAUACUCCGCAUCAUGGUCAUCAUUUCAACCCUGAUGGCCACAUGGUUCUUUACCCACAUCUAUUUCAACAGAACUGGUAAAACCAUCAGUGUUCGAGGCUACCUGGGUUUUUCCUCAAGGAUAACCAAGGAGAAGACUUCGAGAAAUAAAUGCGACAACAGCAAGAAAUGCCCGAAGGAUUUCUUUGCCUUUAAGAUCACAAGCGGAGCUGCCAAUGUCGUGGGACCCUCCAUAUGUUUUGAAGACAACAUACUCAUGAGUGGUGUGAAAAAUAACAUCGGCAGAGGACUCAACAUUGCCCUGGUGGAUGGAGCAACAGGAGUUCUCAAGAAACACGAAUACUUCGAUAUGUUCUCAGGAGAUAUUGAUCCUUUACUGACAUUCCUAAAAGAAAUUCCAGAGAAAACCCUAGUACUGGUGGCCUCAUAUGAUGACCCAGCCUCAAAAUUGAACCCAGAAGCUCGAAAGUUACUCACUGCUUUAGGAAGUACCUAUGCAGAAAGUGUUAGCUUCCGCGACAGCUGGGUCUUCUUGGGUGCCAAAGACAUCAGCGGAAAAAGUCCCUUUGAAGAGAUUUUAAAGAACAAGCCACAGCAGAACAAAUAUGACGGGUGGCCAGAAGCACUGACGGUGGAGGGCUGCAUCCCCCACAAGGUGAUAUAGGGCCAGCAUGGCAGCUCAGGUCUCUCCACAAAGCCUCCUGCCUCAAGAAGUUCUGGGCUGCCUCUAAGAAGAAGCGGAGCUUGGGGCAGCAGGAGGAUGCCAGCCCCCAGGGGUGGAUGGCAAGGGUCAAAUAAAAGCAACCAUGUUGAAAAGAUUUUUCCAAUUGAUAAUCAGAAGCAUCUCGGAUGCUUUUCCCCACCCCCAGGGACACCAGCCACUGUGCAGGGUCUCAAGCCUCACCCCUAAGUGAGAUGACUUUGGAGCCGAGGCUUGUCCAUGAUUCUGAUGCCUGCUGAUGUUUCUGUUGGGCAGGAGGCUGAUUGUCUCCAACUCAAAGAGGACUGAGGAAUAGAGCAGCAGAAUUCAAUUCUAUUUUGUUUAUUAUCGCUGUGACUUUCUACUAGUUGUGUAAUCCUGUAUCUUGUCUUCUUUGGGGGAAGAAUGAGAAAACUUUUGGACAGAUGU